GUUAUUCUUUCAAAUGGCAGGGAAUACGAAAUUACAGCGCUCAAAGGGAAUUUCUUCCAACCAGGAAAUGACAUACAAGGAAUACACACCAAGGGAAUAUUCAAAAAAUAUUGAUUUAAAACUGAAUUUGCAGAAGAAGGACGACUCGAAGCCGUUGAAGAACAGCAACUGAUCCUUUUGACUAAACUAUUGAUCAGAAACAUAUCUGAAAUGUGAAGUUAUUCUCGCGGUGUGGGUUUAUCAAUAUAUUUGUGCCCGAACAAUGCUUUGUGUAGGCUAUGAACAACACUCAAUUCUCUGAUCAACGAUAAUAGACGUUUUGGAUACUUUUAUAAACAAUUAAAAUACAAAAAGUAGGCUACUGUGGUUAAUUUGCGGUGGAUUCGGUCCAUUGACGAAUUCGCUCGGAAGUCCAUCCUAUGGCACGUUAAUAUUGUAUUAUGUUCUGCCGCUAGGGCGCCCGCCCAUCGACUCCGAGUGUUUUUUUUGUUGUUGUAGCGAAGCAGUGAAAGGAGAUUGACUUUACUGAACCAACGUGCGUUUGGAUAGCGCUAUAUCCCCGGAGGAAGAGGACGCCCACGGAAAUUAAGUAUUUUAUGUACAUUCUCAGCAGAAGGACUUUACGUAUUUAUUUUACAUAUUGAUCCGAAAAAAUCUUGGUGUUGGCAAAAUUCUAAAUAGCGCACUAACAAAGAAAGACAUCCACACACGCUGGACUUUCCCUGCUGAGGUGGUUUGGCUUUCUACAGCGAAGGGCCUCCGCAGUCUCUCUGUCCGAUGCGUAGGAAAGGAAGAAGGGUCAGGGUAGGCGUCUUUUAUGGGUGCAUAUCGUCAUUGACAAUAGGAUAGAUACAGAGAAACGACACCCGAGUCUACCAAGCCCYGCAUCUCAGAGCAGGAUACGGGCAGUAGGCGACUUCGCUAUAGCGGAGGGGAUCUCAGUCUCAAGUCAACCCAGCAGGUUCGAUCCCYGGGUGGCACCAGACCUACCCCUUCGUCGCCCGCACAGGUGGUCUGCCAUAGAUCCCAAAAUUUCUGCCUCAAAACAGACGGAAGUUUUGCCUCGCCAAACGGAUUAUAGGAACGGUGUCUGAGGGGAGAGAAAGAAGGAAGACAAUGGGCAUCCGCACGCUCCUUACUGCGUGUGCGCUGCUUGCAGGCGUGAGCGUGGCACAGAGGGUAGUGACCGUUCAGAGCGGACCRCUGGUACGGACGGAGGGCAGUCACGUGACCAUCUGGUGCAACGUGACUGGUUACAAGGAGGGCGUGGAGCAGGACUUUGAGUGGUCCAUGUACCUGACCUCGGUGCCUGACCGCGAGAUCCGCAUCGUGAGCACGGCCCAGUCCAACUAUGCGUACGCGGUGUACGCCCAGAGGGUCAACAGUAAGGAGAUCUGGGUAGAGAGGCUGACCAGGGACUCAGCCCUGCUCCACAUCACCAAGGUCCAGGCCAGAGACCAGGGGCUGUUUGAGUGUUACACCCCCAACACAGACGGACAGUACCUCGGCUCCUACAGUGCCCGCACCAACCUUACCGUCAUCCCCGACUCCCUCACCAUCACCGCGCCGCCACAGACCCUCUCCCAGGUGGAGGGAGACACGCUCCAGCUCAGCUGUGAGGUUUCCCGGGCGACGGAGCAGCACACACACCUGUCUGUGGGUUGGUACCUGCGCUCCCCGGAAAACGCUCUCGCCCCACCCCUGGAGAUCCUCACCCUGUCCCGGGACUUUGUCCUCYGGGCCGGCGGGCCGUACAAACAGAGGAUGACCUCAGGGGACCUGAGGUUGGAUAAGACCAGCGCUACAUCCUACAGGCUGACCAUCCACCGGCUGCAGCCUGCUGACCAGGGCCUGCUCUACUGCCAGGCUGCAGAGUGGAUCCAGGACCCCGAUCGCAGCUGGUUUGCUAUGACCCGCAAGCAGGCCGACAAGACCCAGCUACGUAUACAACCCACUGAUCGGGACUUCUCUAUCCAGGUGAGCACGGAGCGGCGGUCCUUCACGGCGGGCGAGCCGCUGGAGCUGCGCUGCACCAUCGAUGCCCAGAGCGUGCCCGAGCGCUUCUUCUCGGUGUCGUGGGURUUCAGCAGCUCGUCGGUUGCCGUGAUAGGGCCCAGCGCUGUGCCCGUCCUGGGACCCGACUAUGUGGCGCGCGAGGCCGCCGGUCACAUGACCGUGCGUAAGGAGAGCCCCGCCGUGCACCUGCUAAAGUUGCAGCGCCUCCGACCAGAGGAUGCUGGGAAAUACAUCUGUAGAGUCACGGAGAGGGAGAAGACACCCACUGGGGACUUUAUAGACCGGAGCAAGAGGUCACGCAACGUCCAGAUCACUGUGCAGCCCAUCAAGAGUAACGUCACAGUGUCUUUGUCCAGUAACUCGUCAGAGGUCCAGGAGGGGGACGUGGUCCAGCUGACCUGUUCCAUCCACUCCACCACGGGUCCUCUCUCUGUGGCCUGGCAGUGGAGUGAGAAGCAGGGCUCCACCUCUCCCCAGGACCUGGUCUCCGUAGACCGUGACGGGACCGUCCGACCAGGCCCUGGGUACCGUGAGCGUUCCAGCUACGGGGAGAUCCGGGUAGAGAGGGUACGGGAGGACAUCUAUACCCUGUCCCUAUACAACGCCCUGCCUGGGGACGAGGGGCUGUACCGGUGCACGGCCACAGAGUGGGUGGAAGCCGGGACUGAGCCAGAGCAGAGCUGGGAGAUAAUAGGAGAGAAAUCAGCCACCAAGACCAUCACUGUUAAGACCGUGGAAUCCUCCUUCGUGGUGUCGGCGUCGUCGCGGACGCCUAGCGUGACCUUUGGCGACUCGUUUGAUCUCCAGUGCCUGGUCAAGCCCCGCCAUAACCCUCGUGUGCCCGCCUCCGUCACCUGGCGCUUCAUGCCCACCAGCUCGGGUUCUGCCGGGGAGGAUGGUGAGGGUGGCACAGUGGGCGAGUUCCGCGACCUGGUGACAUUUACCCGUGAGGGCACGCUGCAGUGGGGCGAGCAGCUGCUGGGCCAGGGCACCCGCACCACCGUGGACCGUUCCCAUGCCAACACCAACUUCAGGUUGUCUGUGACGCGUGCUGGGCGUAGGGAGGCGGGGACAUAUCAGUGCUCCGCCCUCCUCUGGAGGAGGAACUACGACAACACCUGGAGCAAAGUGGCCAACAGGACGUCUAACCUGCUGGGGAUCAGCGUGUUACAGCCAGGACAGUCGGGUACGCGUCAACUGCUCCGUGGCAUCCCAGACCAGCCAAGACUCCCAGCAUGCCGUGCUCUGGUAUGUGCGCCGUGUGGCGGGUGCCGAGGCCGAUGAACUACUGCUGAGGAUCGAGCGCUCGGGCGCGUUUGAAUAUGGCGCGUAUGCGGACGAGGAGAGGUUGAGGCGACGAGUGCAGGCUGAGAGGCUGUCGCCACGGCUCUACGCGCUGACACUGAACAGGGCGGAGAGCAGCGACUCUGGGACGUACUACUGCCUGGUGGAGGAGUGGCUCACAGACCCAGACGGAGCCUGGUACAGACUGGCACGGGACUCCUCAGGAUUCACACAGGUCCUAGUCAGACAACCAGAGGUGCGGUUGCAGGUGGAGGAGUCGGAGUCUAACAUCACUGUGUCCCAGUCUGGUUCCAUCCGGUUGGGCUGCAGCAUCCCUUCCCAGUCCUCCCGAGACUCCCGCUUCUCCGUGUCCUGGUACGUGGAGCGCCCCGAGGAAGAUGAGGAAGAGGAAGACCAGUUGUGUGUGUUCUCCAUUGGACACGAUGCCGUGUUCGGGAACGGGAACUGUAGCCCCACCGAGGAGGCGGGGCCUAACUCACGUCUGCAGUUUGAGAGGACAACCUCUGACCUCUACAGCCUGACCAUCCAGGGAGCACGGCCCGCUGACACAGGGCGUUACUACUGUCACGUGGAGGAGUGGCUGCUCAACCCCCGCAACGCCUGGUAUCGCCUGGCGACCAACAACUCUGGUGUCACCAUCGUCACCGUGAUCCAGCAUGUCUCCACACUGCAGUCGGUGGUGUGCUCCAAUGACUCUCUCUUCUACUUUAUCUUCUUCUACCCGUUCCCCAUCUUCGGCAUCCUCCUCAUCGCCGUGCUCCUGGUGCGCUAUAAAAGCCGUAGCCACAGCAAGUCCCAGGAGGGCAAGAACGGCGCCCCCUUACUGUGGAUCAAAGAACCCCACCUCAGCUACUCGCCCACCUGCCUGGACCCACCCGCCCUCAGCCUGCACCCUGGCUCAGUGGAGUAAGGAAGCAAUCCAUAACCCUCCUCCACCCCGUACUCAUCGAGGAUCCAACCAAUACCACGCCAGGGAGGGUCUACUUCGGACCUCCACCUGACCAAUCACUGCUGUGUCCAAGCUGUCAGUCAAUCUGUUCGUCCAUGUAUAACCCCGCCCCCCUGUGGUUGCCCCGGCUGUGAGAUACUCUGCAGCAGCCCUGUCGUGUGUGUCUGUAUGUGUGGAAAAGUGUGUUUGCGCCAAAUGUGCAGCCGUGUGUGUGUUUGGAAGUGUGAGUGUAUGUAUCUCUCGCUCUCAUCUUCUCUUCGUCCAGUGAAAAACAUAGCUAUAGUUAUUUUUCUUUUUUUAAAUUCUGUUUUUCAAAAGAUGUCUGCUAGAAUGAUACAAUCUGGGAACAAGAAAAUGACUAGUCAAGGACCCUAUAUGGGCAUACUGUUCUGUACUGAACUGAGGACGUAGUGAGGAUAAGGAAUCUCUCUCUAUGCUCGUUUGACUUAGCACUGAACUCAGAUCAGUCCCUGCCUGGCCUUAUACCUUGGUUACCAUAGCGAGGGCCCUUUUCAGACUGACUCCAGAGCUGUGGACUAGACUGCCACAAAAACACACAAAGACAAUUAGAAGAGAUGUGUGCGUGACAAUGUGAAAGUGUGUGUGUGUUCACCCACCUGUCUMCUCAGUGUGUUUGCCUUGGCAGACAGAGACAGACCUGGCGAGCCCAUUGAACAUUGCCAGACACUAGGCAUCAGUGUGAAUGCACACCUCUUCUCCUCCUCCUCCUCCUCUCCAAACAGAGUGAGAACGAGGGAAAGAGAGAAGGAAGGAGGAUAAAUGAACAUAUUUUUGACAUGAGGGAUAUUUCACUGCCAAGAACUUAUUCCAGGCUGUCCUCUGCAACAAAUGUUUGAAGUUUAAAGGGGCGAGCAAAGCCGAUAGGCUCCGAAGCACUCUGUAAAUAUGGCUGCCGACCCCAUGCUGGGGGAUUAUAGGCCUUGUAGGCAGAAAGGGCGAUUUUUACGCUUAUGUUAAACCCGUUGAGUAGUUUCUGCAUAAAUGUAUUGACACAGUGUGAUUUAUUGACUGAAAUGAAAUUCUCUGCCAUUUCAUACGCUGUCCGCUAUUACUACCACAUGCUGUCUUUAAUAGACAUGAAUUAAUGGGUACAAGCUGUGCAGCUCUUAGAAAUUCCUGUAGAGGGGAGCUGAGCCACAAGACAUAUCAUCGCUAGAGAUGUGUGUAGAGGUUAAAUACAUGCAUAUUAAAACACACACACACACACACACACACACACACACACACACAACCAGCUCUUUGGACAACGUGUAGAGAAAACAAAAGCAUCCCCAAAAACAGAUGACCAAUACCAACACACCAUGGGAAUUAAUAUCAAGUCUGAUUUUAUUUUGAUUUUUUUGUACCUUAAUUUAUAUAUUUUUGUUAUUUUAUACUGUUUUGCAUAGUUCAUGUACAUGUCUUUUUAAAAUUCUCCAAGUACUGCUCUUCUACUUGCGUUGCCAGGCAACCACACCACACAGAUACAAAGUCAUGAUAACACUGUGUGUCCAUAGUCACAGGCACUGAAAUGUCGUAGAUAUAGAAAUGCUAGAUUAAUUUGUUCUGCGCAGUCAGUGGCAUCACAUUGAAGAUGUAUGUUUUGGCCAGUGUGGAAACACUAACUAAAUGCUCUAUACCUGUAUUGGAAACCGAGCAGCUUCACUAUAGGAUGUACAGUAGAUUAACAGCGAGAGUCACAAAAUGAUCCACUUUAAGCUUUUGCUCGUCUUGUUUAUUUAUUGAAAUGUACCGUGGCACCUAGUUAGGAUGUGUGAGCUCCAUAGAAAUGCAUUAGACUGCCAUAGAUGACUGUACUGAAGCCGGCCUCUCGUGGACUGUGGAUGUUUCCCCCUGACCUACAUGGCAGAAGGGUUGGGAAUCAGUCACAUUCCCAUAGUAUGGAACGGCCGGGAGAGGAAGUGUGACGUUCCUGUUCCGUAAAAUAACCCUUUCACUGCCAGACAGACUGCUGAAAGCUCUCGUCAUUCUCUUCUCAAUCGUGUCGAAAUGUAUAUUGCAUGACAAUAUUGCAGGAAGCGUUGAUGUUUUGUAACCUUCAAACUUUUUAGCGUCGUGUUUGUGUGACCGAGCGAUGCAAAGCCCUUCACUUCCUGUGCCAAGUGUCAGACGGAUCUAUAGAAUAGGAAGUCACUUUGAACAGCAGAUUUAUGGGGGAGGGAGAACAACUUUUUGGUUGUUUCUAUUCUUUUCCAUCUGCCAUUMAAAUCCUGAGCGGAAGGCCUCAUCACCUGCAUUGGUUGACCGCUAUAGAACAAUGCUUUCAUGUGUGUAUGUGUAGGUGUUUAGCUGUAGCACCAGGCUAUGUUAGCUAGUUAGGUCAGCAGUGUGAUAUUUACUUAUUCGCUCUAGGCUAGAUCUAUCCAUCAUUGGGUUAGAUGUGUUGUUUUUAGCCAGUUGAAAGAGCAGUUCAAGCCAACUGUACUCAACCCUGUCACGAACCCAAGACUCUAAGAUAAGAUCUGGACCCUCAUUUUUAAACCGAUUUUUCAUUGGUUUCGCCACAAUUCAGUCAUAAGGAAAUCAGCCAAUCCCUGAGCAGCGUGCAGGAUCUCUGAAUCUAAACCAGGAAGUGGAGGGUGCGGCUUUGGUGUGUGAUGUCACAGUGCCACAGUGCGUAAUUGGAGCUGUGUUGUACUCUGAACGGUGUUUUUGUAGUAAUCAACAUCCCUAAAUGAAAUCCUAAAUGCUCUCCAGACGUUCCGACAGUGUUGUAGCUGCGUUACGAGGGCUGCAUGCAGUGGCUGUGUACUGGCUCCAGAUUUAGCUGUAAAAUAAUUGUGGUGAUGUGUUCAGUUCAGCCAGUGCUGCUUUUUUCCAGUGAUGUAUUUUUGUUAUUUUUUUAAUCUAUGAUAAAUGAUAGUGCACUGAAAUGAAAAGGAAGGCCAUAGCUUUUUUAAACGCUUAUUGUGUUUUUUGUGUAUAUGRCCUGUUUUUGUUGAUUUUUAUUCUGAUAUAUAUUCUAUUGAAUAGUAACCACUGCUAUCAUUCAAAAGGCACUUUGCUAUUCUGUCAGUUUAUUGCAAUAAAAACAUGUUCAGUGCAACCUUAGGUGUUGACAUUCCUCCUGACCCUUCUACAUAUUUCCUUCUAUGAACCUCCAGACAUAGGCGCCUGAGCAAUGGWGCAAACGGAACAGCUGUACCCCCACUUUCAAAAUAGGGGUACAAACUUGUUUUUGCACCCCCACUUUUUUUAAACCAGAAAAUGAUCAUGAAUCAUUGUUUAAUUUGUCAUUUUCAACGAUUAGCAAUGUUAAGCUAGUCUGUAUUAAAACCAAUCCAUUUUAAUGAACAGAUUGCAUUUUUCACCACCUCCCCCCGUUGSCUCAAGAUGAAUGGUUUUGACCACUAAAGUUUUGCUUUGCUCCGGUGAGCCACUGUGUUGGUUCAGUGCAGUUAGAAAGCAUUAGUUGCACUACUGGUGUUUGAAAUAAAAAAGGCACCUGUUCUAAGAACCAAAA